GGCCGGCAGAGGAGGCGUUGUCCCACACUAAACGUCACCUUCAUUUAAUGCAGAAGCCGGCUAUCCUGGAAAAGGACAAAGGUUUCCCAGUCCUGUAACACUUACUGAAAACCAGUUAAUAUCAGAGAUUUGACUUUGCUGUUUGUGCUGAAAGUGCUUGUAAAUAGGGCUGUAUAAAAUGAUGAAGAACGGGCAUCAUGUGAGCAGCGCUCCGGCCUCCGCAGACUGCAGUCCGGAAAAGAGGAGGCGUACUGUCCGCGUCUGGUGCGAUGGAUGAACAACCUCCUGGACAGCAAACAAUCUGGUUUCAGAAGUGGACAUUCUACCGAGACUGCCUUGCUCUCAGUUGUUGAAGCCCUAAAACUGCACAGUCGCUUGAGUCUUACCUCCCAGCUAUGACAUGGUCCAUUAUGGUCAUUCCAACCAACUUCGACAAGCCAAGGCUAUGGGGGACUAUCUCAUUGUGGGAGUGCAUACUGACGAGGAGAUCUCUAAGCACAAAGGUCCUCCAGUGUUCACCCAAGCUGAGAGAUAUAAGAUGGUGCGAGCAAUCAAGUGGGUCGAUGAGAUCGUGGAAGGAGCUCCAUAUGUUACUACGCUUGAGACUCUGGACAAAUAUUGUUGCGAUUUCUGUGUUCAUGGAGAUGACAUCACUCUCACUGUGGAUGGGAAAGACACAUAUGACGAAGUGAAGAAGUCGGGCAGGUACAGAGAGUGCAAGAGAACCCAAGGUGUGUCCACUACAGACCUGGUCGGCCGCAUGCUGCUUAUGACCAAAGCUCAUCACAGCAACAUGGGCAGAUCAGACUAUCAACAACACACAGACAACUUUGGAAGAGGUCCUAAAGGCCACAGUCCCUGGACAGGAGUGUCACAGUUCCUGCAGACGUCCCAAAAAAUCAUCCAGUUUGCCUCAGGAAAGGAACCACAGCCAGGAGACACAAUCAUCUAUGUGGCUGGAGCUUUUGACCUAUUUCAUAUUGGCCAUGUGGAUUUCCUGGAUGCAGUGUCCCAGCUUUCAGAAAAGCCAUAUGUUAUUGUUGGCUUGCACUUUGAUCAGGAGGUGAAUCGUUACAAGGGGAAAAACUAUCCAAUAAUGAACAUCCAUGAGAGGACUCUGAGUGUGCUGGCCUGUCGAUAUGUCUCUGAGGUUGUUAUAGGAGCACCCUAUGCUGUCACAAAAGACUUAUUGGACCAUUUCAAGGUAGACCUGGUGUGCCAUGGAAAAACUGAAGUGUUUCCAGACAGAGAUGGAUCAGACCCAUAUGCUGUACCCAGGAAAAUGGGAAUAUUGCGAACAGUGGAUAGUGGAAACAGUCUUACCACUGAUGUCAUUGUGCAGAGGAUCAUCAAAAACAGGCUGCUGUUUGAGGCCAGAAACCAGAAAAAAGAGGCCAAAGAGAUGGCGGUAAUCCAGGCCAUGAAGCGACGAGAAGAAGACAAGGCUAAAGAGAGAGCGCAGGCUGUGCUGUAGGGAAGAAAAAAAGUUCAUCAGAGACUAACAAAACCCAGUACAUGCAGUUGACUUUUUUCUAAUGUGUCCAGAUUUUGGACUUACAUACCGUCAGAAUACCAGCAGCUGAGAGCUCCUUUUAUUGACGAAUUAGCAUGUGUUGUCUUGGGAGCAUCUGCUUUUGUGAACCACUCUCGCACUCUCCACCUGAAGGACCAAUUCAACAUUUCUUGAAGGCAGUGGGCCAUUUCCAUCAGAUCUGUUUACUAAGUAAAGAAGUAGGCUGGAACUUGUCCUGCACUUUGCUGUGUGCAGGAUGUUGCCACUCUGGUGACCAACAUGACCUACGUGGCCUUUACCUCCACAUGUAACUCCAGAGUUAUUCUAACCUUUGCUUGGAAAUCAACACUCCUGAAGAUCUGAAUUCAUCAGAAGAGCACUACAGUCUGCUGUCCUAAAACACUGUAUUAAUUAUAAAGAUUUAAUAUUUAUCUGUCAUUAUUAAUGGCUAAUCCUCAUAUGAAGUAUUUUUCAUUGUAAUAUACAACAAAGUGAAUCGUUCUAUUAAAAAUAUAUGAAAAUAAUAGUUAAGAUAUGGUGUUCAUCAAACUUGCAUUUUAAUAUGUUUUUUUUUAUGUUUAUGUUUUUGUUUAUUAUAGUUUUUGAACUUAACCAUUAUAACUAGUCAAAAGGAUAUACUAUAUUUCAGGAAGUUUUUGUUAAAAGUUCCCAAGGGUAUAGUUCACAAAAAAAUAAAUAAAUAAAUAUUCACUCAUGGUAUUCCACUCAAAAGUACCAUAAAAGUU